UUCACCAUGGCGACGGCCGCCCCGCGGCGCUUCUGUCGCUGCGCCUGCUUCUGCUCCCAGAACCUGUACGUAGCGCGCUAUGGGCUGCACCUGCGCUUCCGGGACGAGCAGCAGCUGCGCCGUGACUACGGCCCGCUUCUGCGCAGCCGUGGUUGUGUCACCUCCAAGGACUUCCAGCAACUCUUGCAGGAGCUUGAGCAGGAGGUCGGGCGCCGCCGCAGGCUGGGACAGGAAUCAGCUGCCCGGAAAGCUCUCAUUGCCUGCUCCUACCACCCAGCGAGGCCUGAGGUCUACAGCUCACUGCAGGAUGCUGCUCUGGCCCCCGAAUUCCUGGCUGCAGCUGAAUACAGUGCGUCCCCAGGCGCAGAUCUUGAUGGCCUCCUCCAGCGCCUGGAGACAGUGUCUGAGGAGAAGCGCAUUUAUCGGGUGCCAGUGUUCUCUGCCAAGUUCUGCCAGACCCUGCUGGAGGAGCUGGAGCAUUUCGAGCAGUCAGACAUGCCCAAGGGAAGGCCCAACACCAUGAACAACCAUGGGGUACUGAUGUACGAGCUAGGCCUAGACGACCCGCUGGUGACACCGCUUCGGGAACGCUUCCUGCUGCCUCUGAUGGCCUUGCUGUACCCAGACUACGGUGGGGGCCACCUUGACAGCCACCGUGCCUUUGUGGUCAAGUAUGCACUGGGCCAGGACCUGGAGCUGGGCUGUCACUACGAUAAUGCCGAGCUCACCCUCAAUGUGGCUCUGGGCAAGGACUUCACAGGGGGUGCCCUAUACUUUGGGGGCCUCUUCCAGGCACCUGCACCCCUGAAGGAGACCCUGGAAGUGGACCAUGUGGUAGGCCAUGGUAUCCUGCACCGAGGUGGCCAGCUGCAUGGGGCUCGGCCCCUGAGGACGGGAGAGCGUUGGAACCUUGUCGUGUGGCUCCGGGCAUCUGCUGUUCGAAAUCGCUUUUGUCCCAUGUGCUGCCAGAAGCCAGACCUAGUGGACGACGAGGGUUUCGGUGACGGCUUCACCCGGGAGGAGCCUGCCACAGUAGAUGUAUGUGUGUUGACUUGAGCUUGGUCCCCCGGGGAGGAGUUGGUUCUGUGGCAGCAGAAACUUUGCCAUCUUUGGCAGGGAGGGCAGAAAUAAGCUCUGCAGCCAUGACACUCCUUGGGUCAAAAGGAGACGCAGACUUCUGGGUCAUUCUUUGGACAGAUGAUCUGUGGUAAGGCGGGCUGCUGAAGACAAGCCUUGUUUGAGAUGAAGGACUGAGGGUCGAGCAGGCCCAGGAAGAGAAGAAGCCAGGAAAAGACAUGGUUUUCAUUUAAUGAUGUCUGGCCUCAACCUGACCCCUGGGGAGCUGACUGACUGAGGAGGGAAGGUUGCUUCAUUCAGUGGCUCAGAGUUGGGGCUGGGAGCAAGGGAGGGAGGGGUCUCACCAGACAUCUACCUCAGAGAGGGUGGUUCCAGGGACUUAAGUGAAGUUCACUGCUCUGACUAUCAGCAGUGCUGGAGAGUGGAGGAUGCGGGGCAGGGUCCAGACUUUCUGGGUUCACAUCUGUGUUCUGGCAUGUCCAGCUGUGCGACUCUGGCCUCGCUAGAGCCCUGGUUGUUGUGACAGUCCAACAAGUUGACGUUUAUAAAGCACUUUAUAACACC